GUCAUUGCCGGUAAGCGGACCAGUCAAGUCUCAAUGGCGAAAUCGCUAUCACGCUCCACCGUCUCCCGAGUCGCCACUCGUAUCUUUCCCACCUGCAGGGCCGCCUCUCCCUCUCCUCUCCCUUCUAACCUCCUCUCCCGUCGAUCCUCACCAACGCUUUUCGGAUUCAUCCCCACUUCGUCCCGCCUAACUACGAUCCGAACCCGGAUGGAUAGAUCCGGUGGUGGAUCCAACUUCAGCGACCGACAACCUACCGAAAUGGCGCCGCUAUUCCCCGGUUGCGACUACGAGCAUUGGCUUAUCGUGAUGGACAAACCCGGCGGCGAAAACGCUAGUCCACAGCAAAUGAUCGAUUGCUAUGUUCAAACCCUAGCCAAAAUUGUCGGCAGUGAAGAAGAAGCCAAGAGGAAGAUCUACAAUGUCUCUUGCGAGAGGUAUUUCGGUUUUGGCUGUGAGAUCGAUGAGGAGACAUCAAACAAACUCGAAGGAAUUCCUGGUGUUCUCUUCGUUCUUCCGGACUCUUAUGUUGAUCCAGAGUACAAAGAUUACGGAGCUGAGUUGUUUGUGAACGGGGAAGUGGUUCCGCGUCCACCAGAGAGACAUAGGAGGAUGUUGGAGCUAACCACUCACAGAAGCUCGGAUAAACCAAAGUACCAUGACAAAACUAGAUAUGUCCGACGGAGAGAAAACAUGCGUUCACUCUAAUUUUCAAAGUCUUAAGCUAAACAUCUUUCCCCUUGAACUCCUCGUAUCUAGUUGCCUCCUGUGCGAAUAAUAAUCAUGAUGAUGAUGGUGGUAUUAUGGAUGCUGUUGCUUUUUUUUAAGGCGCGUUUAAUCUUAGUUGCUAGCAGAUAUC